CGCAGGCGUGGGUGGACCCCCCCCCCCCCCCCCCCAGCUCAGCUUUCCUCUUUCCGCUUGUGGUGGAUUUCUUCUGAUCUGUGCUAGAGAGGGAAUUAAUUGGAAAUUUGCAAAAAAACUGCGAAAGAUGUCCUUUUGAAUCUCUCCUGCCUCUUACAGCCGAAUUAAAGCCCCUUGGAGCAGGAGCAGGAGAAAGAGCCACCAUGCCUUCUGAUCAGCCAUUCCCACCUGGUCAUUCAUCCAAGCCCGGGAAGAAGACUGUCCUGGCCCCAUCAGCAAGGCCCAGCCCAGAAGGAUGCCCAGGGCAGGCUGAGAAGAUGACAGCGGGGGUCGAUUCUAGCAGGAAAUCCCAUCAUUUGUCAAGUGAAGUGGAGAAGGACUCUGGGUUUUCAGACGUGAGCUCGGAGUAUCUGAGCACCGUGGAGCAGACAGACACGGAAGACCAGUCCGCCGCCUCACUGCGCUACCCAGCCAAGCUGCAGAGGGUGCCACAGAAGGCAUCCAGGGGGUCCUCUGGCAGCACCUUCACUGGCCUUGCACCCGUGUACAUUGUCAAAAACGUUGCCCUCAAACAGCCCCUGGAUCUAUCUGCCCCAACCCAUCUUCUGACAUGGAGCAGCCAUCCCCCUCUCAAUGGUGUCCCAGGUUCCCCUGCCCGCGUGCUUUUCAUACAGCCACCAUUGGCCACCUUGAAACCUCUGCUUCCUAGUCGGAAACCGGCUGCUAAGAAAACCUGCCUAACCAGCCAAAGCACCUAUCCCAAAAUCGCUCCUCAUCCUAGUCGUGACCACCUGGUCAAGGCAGGGCCCGAGGCCUCCACAACAGGCAACAACAGCAAGAACAAGCGCUUCUGCCUAGAAGGGACCUGGGGAUUGCCCUCUGAACCUGCUGCACCAAAACAAGGUGGGGAUAAGGAAAGGGAGCCACUGCCAACUUCCUCAGACCAGCCAGCACCUGCCGCCUUCAGCCUGGAGGCCCUCUCCCACAACGCCACCACCUCGUCUGCCGGCUCUGGGAUGGCCAACUUGGACCAGGCUGAGGUGCGGAUGAUCUCCAGGGCUUCCAAGAAACUGGGCUUCAGCAGCUUGGGAAAGCAGCGCCGUUUUCACAACACUGUUGAGAUACUCCGGAAGUCAGGGCUGCUGGGCAUCACGCUCAGGACCAAAGAGCUGAUCCGGCAGAACAGCAGCACCCAGCGGGACUUGGCCGAGCUGCGGGAACAGGCCCAGCUCCUCUAUGAGGCUGUCCAAAGCAACAAUGCCGUCACCUGGACUCGCCUCCAGGAGGUCGUGAUCCGCUCUGCCGAUUACUGGGCCAGCAAGGGUGCUACUUCCUGUCUGUCGCAGGAGCAGAUCCUGGCAGCUGGUGCAGUGGGCUCCUCCACAGCUGUUGCCAGGGAGUCUCCCCCCAGUUCACCCAUGAAUUUGUCCCUUGGGCCUGAUGCUUUGGUGGACACAGUGCUGCCUUAGUCCUCCUCCCUCUCUUCCUGAGCAAAGAAAUGUCAGUGGAAGGAAUUAACAUUCGGACCCUGACCCUCAACUUCCUGUGGGAGCCCGAGGUGGAAGGUCAAGCUGGCCCUCUCGGACCUGGGCUGCUGCUAGCCACUUGGGAUUUGGGUGGUUAUGGAGGCCUGCUGUGUGCUUGCAGAUGGACUGAGAGAAAGGGAGGAUCCUAGAGAAUCAGGCUGAGCAAUUCUGGCCCAAGCUGGGAGCUAAAUGGGAGGUUGGUGGGGGGUGGGGAGAAGCUUGGUGGAUUUUGUUCCUAGGAGUAGAAAGCAGAAGGGCGGGUUGGGAAAGGGGAGCAGCUGUUGUAUUGAUGGCAUCACAGCCUUCCCUCCUGGUAGCUCAAGUCUGUGUCUUCUGAGAAAAGAACUUGGCCAGGGCUUUCCAUCAGCCUCCAAGCCUGAGUGGGUCUCUCCUGCCUUGGCUGGUCAGGGGCCUCUUGGCUGUGAAGAAGCCAGCCUUUCUCCUUUGCCCAUCUGUCUGCAGGCUCUAUUUUCCAGUUCUGGGAGAUAAGGAUUGUGUCCUGCCAGCGGAAGCUGAAGAGUGAAUUUAUACCACUCUCUUCGUGACAAGGAGUUCUGCCUAUCUGGAAAAGCUUGUCUAUGCUGCUGCUGACUGAAGAUAGUCCAAUAAAAUAUCAUCCAGC